GAGUACGUGUACGAGAAAUUUUGGUUAGCCUUAAAAAAGGGGGAGUUAAGAUGGGCGUACGGAUGGAGGUAGAACGGAGGGCGACGAAGAUAUACGGCCAAUUUUAACAUCGGGAUAAGGUACGAAGGCGAGUAACACACGAAGACGAGAACGAGGGAGCGGUAUUACUUUGAGGCGGAAUUACGAACCGAGAAAAUGUACGGAGGAGGGGCGAACCAGCAGGGAGGGACGGGAGGGUACGGGAACUCAGGAGGCGCUGAAGGAAGCUACAAUGGCAAUACGGGGGGAGGCUAUGGUAAUAACGGCGGGGGAGGCUACGGAGGGAACGGAGGGAACGGGGGCAGGCAGCCGGUAGUCUGCUACACGUGCGGGAAGUCGGGCCACUAUUCACGUGACUGCUGGACCAAGAAGGGUAGAAGCGAGGAUAACGAAAUAGAGGAGAUGCGACAACAUUUUAGACAGGUGAUACAGGAGAAAAGGGAGGCAGAGGAGCGGAAACAUGAUGAAGAACAGAGGAGGAUUCAAGAAGAGAACGAAAAAAGAAGAGAGCAUGACCUCAUCAGAAGAACAGAGGAGAUGCGGCUGAAACUGGAGGCAGGGCUAGAAGAGAAAUGGCCGAUGCAAACACGACAAGCUGAGGAAGCCGUUGCGGCGGCAAAGGCGAAGGCCGAGGAGGCAAAGGCGAAAGCGGAAGAGGCGAAGGCUAAGGCGGAGGAGGCAUGGGCCAGAGCUGAAGGGGCUAUUAUGAGGAGUGCUACCAAGAUGAGAACACCAGCCGGAUCAUCAAAGAAACGAACACGGAUGCUUAUGUCGGGAUCGGGAUCUGGAACUGAGGAGGAAGAGACAAGAACAAUAGCGGAGGGAUCGAGAGUGAAGAGUGGCAAAACAUUAGAUGCAAAGUACCGCACAAAUAAGAAACGACCGCGGGUGAUCCUCUCAUCGACCGAGCCAGAGGAAGAGACUUCGGAUACUUCGGAUAGCGAAACCACUGAUUCUGAUGAAAAGUUUCGCAAGGUAAUCGAGAUGUUGAAGAUGAAAAGGAAGAGAAAGAAAGCAAGGAAGGAAAUGAAAGGGAAAGGGAAGAGGAAGAGGGAGGCUACACCGACGAGGAACGGGACGACGGCGGAAAGGGGAGAAUGCUCGAAGCCGAACCAACGGAACAAAUGUAACUUUGAGAAUUGUGAUGACGUUUUGAGGAACGCGAACGAUAUUGGGGCAGACUUCCAAGAAGAACGGACCAAUCGGGCCGAAUAUCAUAGCCCGAUUCCGUCCGUUGGGGUGAGAUUUGGAGUACCAAGCAACCAUGGCGAGACGGAUGGGGAAAAACCGAAGACUCCAAUGGAGAAAGGCUACAAAGGGCUCGCGGCGAAGUGCUCCAGGGAGGGAAUAAUAGACUACUGUUUAUCUACUCAGAAAAUUCUAUCGUCGAAGAAAGCUUUCCUAUUAAGGAAAAUAUGCCAGAAGAAAGGUAUUCGAUAUACCAAGAAACCUGAAAUCAUCGAUGUCCUAGCUCGGGAGCAGGUGAUGUUAGCGUACGAAGGUUUUGAGGAACCAGAAGAUGGAGGAGACGAUAGCGAGCAAGCUACGGUCAGGCUGGGCGAAGACGUCCUAACACAAGAUCGGAAGGGGAAGACACGCGAGACGAGAUCGUCUGUGAAGUCAGCACCAACGCGGGUAUGUCAGUGUCGGGGUUCAGGGCUACCGACCAAGGAAGGACAUGUGAGUACGAGGUUUUCAGAUUUGAACGACGUACCCGAUUUUGUGAGAAAUGCGAAGAAUGUAACUCGACAUGAGAGCAUGAUGGAGGACGGACCGGUGGUGCAAGCCAUUUUGGAGGCUACGAAUCAUCUGAAGAGCAGAAUUGAGGACGUCAAGUUGCCGGAGGGAGGUUUUUUAUGUGGAAACAGCAAGUCCGAGGAAAACGGAGCAUGGGAGGAUACGACAGUGGCACAAUGGGCGAAGAGAUUUCAGGGAAUGGUUCUCGCACCUAUCGACUGUAAUCAGGGAGAUACCGCUGUCGCGUGUCCUUUGCUAUACAGGCAUGCAUUCGGGAAGACUUUCGUCUGGAACCUAGACUACAAAGGAGUGGGAGGAGACGAGAAGGGGCUUCUGGCACAAGCCAGAAAAGACUACGAAAAGGCGGAGGUGAAUAAGGUGGAGGGGUGGAAGGUGGAUGGACGGAUAGGACGUGCAUACGUGAUCCCAAAAGACAAGGACUUGAUGAGGUGGCGACCCAUUGCACCAACGACGGGCGAUCCGGCGGGCCAAGCGUAGAGGAGAGUAGCGAGGGCACUGCAUUACCUUAUGAAACGGUUCCCGGUGGAGCAAUCCUUCUA